UGGGGAUUCUUCCAGGAAAACCCUGGAAAUGGAGAGCUUCCACACGCGAUUCAGUGCCUGGACACCAUGUAGCAACAAGGCAUUAAACAGUCAGCUCUUUCAGGAAAGAGUUGCUCUUAUAAGUCAUUGGUUUGACCUCUGGACUACCAAGCAACGUCAAGAAUUCUUAUUCACGAUACUUUUACGCUGCACUAAAUCACAACUAAGGUUUGUCCAUGACCAGUUUUCAGAAAGGAUGAAAGUGUCCAAAGUGGAUUUCUCCACAGUGUUACCACGCUUCAUUUCUCUCUACAUCUUUUCCUUUCUGAGUCCAAAAGAUUUGUGUGCAGCUGCACAAGUCAGCUGGUCCUGGAAGUUUUUAACUGAACAGGACUGCAUAUGGAUGCCCAAAUGCAUCAAGCUGGGAUGGUUUCUGCCCUAUACGCCCACAGAUCAUGAGUACGGGGCUUGGAAGCACCAUUACAUCGCGUGUGUGUGCAACUUAGACUGGCUGACACCUAGGGAAGCCGCUGCUGUCUAUGGGACCCUGAAUGAACCCAAAACAGACGACGAGGAGCUACAGGAGAGACACAGAGAAAAGUGCCUACGGAAAAUAAUUUGGGGGGAAAUUGCACUGCGUAAGAAGGAGUUAUUCCGAGCCCGACCCCCCUGGGUGAGCGGAACACGCUGCUCUAGAUUGUUCAAAUCCCGAUGCCAACCACGUCUCCCCCAGACUGCGAGGGACCGAGUGGGAUUACAUGAAGCUUUGGAGAAACAGCUUGUUUUGGCUUCCUUAGAAGAUUUGCCCAAGCGAAGUAAUGUUUUUGGAAGACAUUCCUACCCUUCAUUAUCGAAGAAAAAUUGGCGUGGAGUUUUAAAAAAUGAUGACAGCCCUUCGCAUGCUUUCCAGACACACUUCAUAUUAAUAUCAUCUCGGAUUCCUGCGCAUGAGAUGGUGGUGGACAGUGUUAAGGCAGGUGUCAUUUCUGUGGUGUACGAACACAGUGGCAUGACCUUGGAGAGCCUGCUGUAUCUCACAGAUAAAGCCCUGGGUGGGCAAAAGGCACAGAGCAUGGGAAUAUUCAGCGAUGGAGAUAGCAGGGAAAUCAAUUUACUCCAAGGCUAUAAAAUUGGUAUUAAAAAUUUAUUGAGGCCUGAUGUGAGAGACUUCUGGGAGAAAUUAGGAAGCUUCGUGGCCCCUAAAGAAGAAGGGGGUCACGUGGACCUCUUUGUACCACUGGGAGCAUCCGAGGCAGGAAUAGAAGUUCUUUCCCAGCUGUCUCAACUAACCGGCACGCUCUUCACUGCCCCCGCUGGGAUUGCAACUGGCUCUUACCAACACAUUCUUAGUGACUGGCUGGGACAACAGCAGGAAAGGGCGCCCCCCUCCAUCUACUUCAGCGAAUCAAAGCUGCAGACGUGGUCCAGCCUCAUGGACUUCCUGGAAGACACCUUGAUAUCAGUGCGGAAACAGUUCAGACCUCUCUUCAAGGAGUUGCAGAAGAACGCCAGUGGCAGGAUAAUAGGACAGUUUAUGUCUGACACCAUGAGUGUGACUAACAUUCUGAAUAACCAAGAAAUUGCACAAGCUCUGGCAGAUGGAUUGGCAGCACUUUCAAAAGAAAAUCCUGACAAACCUCUGGAAUUUUUGUCAUAUUUUCUGUUGAAGAAAUGUAGUGAAAAGAGCAAAGAUUUGGAAGAAAAUGUUAUUCUGACAAAAUCUGACCCAAAGGCAACAUUCAAUUUAUACAUGAAGGAAAGAAAUGUUCUGGAAGACAAUCCUCAGGACACAAAACCAAAUCUUGGCAAAAAUGAUCCAAAUGUUGAGGUGCUGGUUCAGCUGGAGAGAAAGCUCCAGAUGGACUGGGCCGCAAAGCGAACUAGAGUUGCCGGGGAACUCUUACAGAGUGAGAGAAAAUACGUGCAGAUGCUGGAAAUUGUGAGAGAUGUUUAUGUUGCACCACUAAGAGCAGCGCUGUCCUCAAACAGAGCAAUUCUGAGUGCUGCAAACCUCCAGAUCAUUUUCUCUGAUAUCCUGCAGGUUUUAAGUCUCAACAGGCAGUUUCUAGAUAACCUGAGAGACAGACUACAGGAAUGGGGCCCAGCUCACUGUGUGGGAGAAAUAUUCUUAAAGUUUGGAAGCCAGCUGAACACAUACACCAAUUUCUUCAACAAUUACCCUGUUGUUCUGAAAACCAUUGAGAAGUGCAGAGAGAUGGUACCAGCAUUCCGAGCUUUCCUGAAGAGGCAUGAUAAAACCAUUGUCACCAAAAUGCUGAGCCUGCCGGAGCUGCUCCUGUACCCGUCCCGAAGAUUUGAUGAGUAUGUUCAUCUUCUCUAUGCUCUGAGGCUUCAUACUCCUGCAGAACAUGCCGACCGUGGGGACUUGACCACUGCAAUUGACCAAAUGAAAACAUAUAAAGGUUAUAUAGAUCAGAUGAAGCAAAACAUCAAUAUGAAAGAUCAGCUGUCAGACAUACAGAGAAUCAUCUGGGGGUGCCCUAUUCUAUCAGAAGUAAACAGAUAUCUGAUUAGAGUCCAAGAUGUAGCCCAACUUCACUGCUGUGAUGAGGAAAUAAGUUUCUAUUUAAGGCUCUAUGAACACACCCGAGACCUCAGUCUUUUCCUCUUCAAUGAUGCACUGCUUGUUGCUAUUCGGAGCACUUCUCACACCCCAUUUGAAAGGACUUCAAAAUCAACCUACCAGUUCAUUGCAUCAGUAGCCCUUCAUAGGUUACUCGUAGAAGAUAUUCCAGAUUCCAAAUAUCUCAAGAAUGCCUUUAUUCUUCAAGGUCCAAAACAUGAAUGGAUUUGUGCCACAGAAGCUGAAGAUGACAAGUUCCUAUGGUUGUCAGUUCUCCUAAAUACAAUAAAAAGUACCAUGGAGAAGUGAGACUGGACUUUAAGAAAACAUCAGGGCUGCCAAUUCUCCUGGCAAAGAUAGACAUGUAUUUUUUGUUCCACGCGAGGACGGUCCAUAAGUUUCCUCCUAACUUUUAAACUUUAUCAUCUGUGUUCAAGUAUGUGAAAUGCACAAUAAGUUGAGUCCAAGAUUUUGAACCACCUCUUUUGGUAGUUAUUUUUCAUGGACACUAUUAGAUAGAGUUACCUAACUGACAACACCUAAGACAGAACAAGCAUAUUGUAUAUUUAAAGUUUUCUUUUAUGAUCUAGUAAAAAAAUAAAAUCAGAAUGAAGUUUCUUAAAUGAUCAGUAGGCCGUGGUCGGCAAACUGCGGCUCU